AUUUCUUUUUUGACUUUCGUAUUUCAUUACGUCAUGAAAGCGCAGAAGUGGGUUUUAUCAAUCAUCAAGAAUACGCUGAAUUAUAUAUAAACAGAGCUCCUCCCGCUGUCUCGUGCGUCGCGAGAAGCCGCCGUAUCCGAGAUAUACGUACGACGCUGCCUGCGUAUCGCGAUUACAUACGUAGUGAGAAGUUAGUCAGUCUCCGAGUGAGAGAGAGAGAGAGAGGUGUGAUCGCGUCGAGUGGUUCAACGCACAUAUAUACUACGAGACAUCGCCAUUUUGUGGCCGUGAACUACGCGACGCCGUUGCGACACACGUGUCAGCUGUCACACGAAAAAAUCUUCAGAUGGACCGAAGAAUGUUAGUUGUAAAUUAUGAUAUAUUUCUCGUGAGCAUGCUUCUUUGAUGGCGACGGGGUCCAACGUUUCGGCACCUCAUUUGACUUUCGUAGUGGCGUGUCACGAGUCCACGAUAUCUGCCGACGCCGAUGAGACAACAAUCGCUUUUCGCGAAUUCUAAACAACGAUACGUGACGCAAUCGCACGACAUUACGGACGACGUCGACGCGUCUCUCCCGAUGCUCCCCACGUUCGUUCGGAGUUUAUCAACGGCGUGUGACGGGUCGAGGUAAAGGUCAAGCGUCUACGUAUUAUCGCCAUAUUGAUCGAGCGCUAACGGAACGAUACGGCAUCGAUGACGACGUACGCGUCACGGUGCGAAACGUUACGUUGAGUCGCGCGGAAAUAUCGCCACGUGCUUAUCGACUUCUUAAAAUCUGCGGUGUACAUCUGUUCACGUUAAUUACGACCUGUGGAACAUUGUGUCGGAAACGCGGUCGGUACUCCUAAGGUCGGUAAUUAUGGAUUUUGCGCCCUGCACGUUUCCCAUGAUGCGUCGCGUGGCAACGGCAGAAUCGUGGAAUCGGACCGUUACUCGACGAUGCGAUCAUGCGAUUGAUGUAAUAUAACUUAGCAAGAUGUUGCUAAUGUCGCGAGUCUUACCUGGAGGUACGGAGUCUCACAGCAGUAUACAGGGCUGACAUUCAAAGUGCUACCAUUCGGUAGACUUGAGUAGUGUUAUGCCUCCUCGGCACCAAUCUUCCUGGUCGCAGCGCAAUCGUCUUGGCAAGCAAUUAAUGAGCUGCUAUGUUCAAUUAAGAAUAUAUACUUGCCAUCUCAAUUGUUGAUGAAGCCUCAUAGCGUCAAGCAUCAACGUAAGGCAGUUACCUGCUACAUAGCAUUUAUGUAUCAUAUAUGUCGGAAAGAAACGAAGUCAAGAUGCAGCAGGUGGACACUAUCUCGCAGAACAAUUCUUUAGAUGUGGAGGAGCGAGAAAGGCUGUGUAAUAUACCGAAGACGAGCACACCUGGAAAGGCUUCGACGCCAGCGAGUCCUGCAAAGGAACCGCCACCACGUGACGAACCACCUCUGGAACCGGUGAAUGGGAUAGUUCAACCGCCGGUUGUUCCACCACCGAAUCGUCCAGGACGCAUCACGAAUCAAUUACAAUUUUUGCAAAAGGGUGUCUUAAAACCAGUAUGGAAGCAUCAAUUUGCAUGGCCUUUCCAGCAGCCUGUCGAUGCGAAGAAACUCAAUUUACCAGAUUAUCACAAAAUCAUCAAAAAACCAAUGGAUUUGGGCACAAUCAAAAAGAGGUUGGAGAAUUCGUAUUAUUGGAGUGGGAAAGAAUGUAUUCAGGAUUUCAAUACUAUGUUCACCAAUUGCUAUGUCUACAACAAGCCAGGGGAGGAUGUUGUGGUCAUGGCACAAGCUCUCGAAAAGUUAUUUCUUACAAAGGUUGCACAAAUGCCGAAGGAAGAAGUGGAAUUAGACCCACCUGUUCCGAAAGGACCCAAAGGCAAGAAAGCUGGAAGAGUCGGUGGACCAGGAGUAGGUGGACUAGCAGGAAGUACAGGGGCAGGUAGAGGCAGACCAGCUUCUGGUGCAGCCGCUGUUACUUCCAGUGUACCGAAUAAUUUAACACCUUCCGCUACAUCGGCUGGGACAACCGGCGUUAUACCCAUGCCGCCUCUCGGUACUCAGGCACCAGCUUCAGUACCUGGAAGCACGAACACAACCACCAUUGCUCCGCCAUCGAGUAUGGGUGUCGCGCCGAUGGCUACUCACAAUUCUCUGCCUCAGCAAGUUGUCCCUCCGACUACGGGUUACCACGCGCAGCCGGCGAUGGAUUCCCAACCAGCUUCUGCUGUGCCUCCACCUCCGCAAGUCCCUACAACGCCCACUGUAAUGCCUCCAUCACAACCUGCGAAACUUAAAAAAGGAGUGAAAAGAAAAGCUGAUACUACAACUCCUACCGCGAAUGCUUACGAUCCAAUGUACACACCUCUGGAUUCUAAGAACGCUAAAAUACCUACGAGAAGAGAGUCUGGCCGGCAAAUUAAAAAGCCAACGAGGCAAGCGGAAGACGGCUUAGUGCCAUACCAUCAGGCCAAUAUGCCUCUAAUGGGGGCAAUGGCCCAACAGCCUCCGCAUACUGGUGUUAAGGGAAAAGAAAAGUUGUCUGAAGCACUAAAAUGUUGCAAUGACAUUUUGAAGGAACUCUUUGCCAAAAAGCAUUCGCCAUAUGCUUGGCCAUUCUACAAACCUGUUGAUGCAGAACUUCUAGGGCUUCACGACUACCACGAGAUUAUUAAGAAACCUAUGGAUCUUGGUACCGUGAAGACUAAAAUGGAUAACCGUCAAUAUAAAACAGCGCACGAAUUUGCGAGUGAUGUACGACUUAUAUUUACUAAUUGUUAUAAGUAUAAUCCUCCCGAUCAUGAUGUUGUUUCAAUGGCUAGAAAACUGCAAGAUAUAUUUGAAAUGAGAUAUGCGAAAGUUCCGGAUGAACCUGGUAGUAGUAUAGUGGCUAUGAAAGGAAGCAGCAGUGGUAGUGCCACUAGUUCUGGAGGAGAGAGUUCUUCUGAAAGUGACGAUUCGGUUGAGGAACGUACUCAAAAGUUACUUGCUCUACAGCAAGAGUUGAAAGCUAUGCAAGAGCAAAUGAGAAAAUUAGUGGAGGAGAGUGGUAAGAAGAAAAAUAAGAAAAAGAAACCGGAUAAGCCAAAAUCAAAGCCGAUGAGCAAUAAGAAUAGUAGCCUUGUUGCCAGUCAUACUGGUGCCAUGAAAGAACUCAUGAAACCCAGCGGUGGUAUUCCUAGCGUGUCUGACAGUGUUGGUGCUAGUAUAGCCAGUGUUGCAAUGGGCGCGGGCGAUUUGAAAAUGCCUGGCGGCAUGGGCAGUGAUCUCCAUCAUCAAAGUACAGCAGUCGGACCUAAUAAGGCUCAUGCUACUGGAAGCUUAGGGCAUCAUUUGCCGACAGCAGCGAAUGCGAAACCGAAAGGUAAAGGUCGUGGACCUGGAAAAGCUGCCACCACUGCGAAUACUGCAACCAAGAGGCCGAAAGCUAACAGCAGAUCUGCUGGAAAUAAGAAAAAGAAUACUGGUAGCCAACCACCUCCAAUAACGUUUGAUUCGGAAGAUGAAGAUAAUGCUAAACCCAUGUCUUAUGAUGAAAAGAGACAACUCAGCUUGGAUAUUAAUAAAUUACCAGGUGAUAAAUUAGGUCGUGUUGUACACAUAAUACAAUCCCGAGAGCCUUCACUGAGGGAUUCGAAUCCAGAUGAAAUCGAAAUCGAUUUUGAGACCUUGAAACCAUCGACGCUUAGAGAACUAGAGAGUUAUGUUGCCUCAUGUCUCAGAAAAAAACCACACAAGAAAGUCAGUGGUAAAUCUAAAGAUGAGCAGAUUGCAGAAAAGAAGCAAGAAUUGGAAAAGAGGUUGCAGGAUGUGACGGGGCAGUUAGGCAAUGUCAAAAAGACGGCUAAGAAGGAAGACAGCAGUAAGUCUGUUGAUGUAGUUGGAACUGGUGGUGCCAGUGGACCUUCGCGAUUGUCGGCGUCGAGCAGUAGUAGCAGCGAUAGUGACUCCAGCAGUAGUUCACUUUCUUCAAGCUCCAGUGACUCAAGCGACAGUGAAGCAGGAAAUUCGUCGAAUCGUCCACAUAGAAAGAAAACAAAGAAAAACCCGCCAGGACCUUCGACAACGACCACCACUGUAACAGCGGCUCCUACAUUAAAUCAUAGUGGGACUCUGUUAAUGAACAAUCAGCCAUCUGCGGCAAAUUCAGCGGGACCAAUAAAACCACCUGCAACCCAAUCAAGCAAUAUUUCUUCAGAGCAAGGAGGCAAUAAUAAUCAGCAGCCUGUCGCAGUAGCUGCUGUUACAGCUGGGCAAGGCAUGCCUAUCGCGAGUCACCCGUCUAUGCCAGCACAACCAUCGCGACCUACAGCUAUGGCUCAGGCGGUUCCUGUAAAAAAACCAACACCGCCGCCACCAACAUCUAAUCCACCAACUCCGUCAGUUUCUGUGCCGACUCCACCGCCCAGCGUAACACCUACAAACACGAACUCUAUAACAGCCUCGCCAGCUGUAUCUCAACCGCAGCAACCACCAACGACUAUUAGUUCCUUUCCGAAUGCAAAUACACCUGUACCCACAGACGGAACAAAUUUAAAUCAACAGUCUGAUCUUUUACAGCCAUACAAUACUCUAUCAGCUUCAGUACCUACCACACAAUCCUCUUUGGAGCAGACGCUCGCGAUCAAGAAGGAUCCUCCAUUUAUACAAACACAGCAGUCUUCUUUGGAUCAAACGCUUGCGAUUAAGAAGGAUCCUCCAUUCAUCCAGACAUCUCAUACGACCAAUAAUACCAAUACCAAUACAAAUUUAAAUUUAAUACCGGAUGUAAAACCGGUGAACAUGAUGCCGACAAGUAUGGCUUCUAAUCUGAACUUGGGCAAUAUCAAUAUGGCGAGUUUGAAUAUGAAUCUCUCGCAAGGAUUGGCAGCGCAUAUGUCCAUACACAAUCAAUUGGAGAAUAUGAUUAAUACCACUGCGUCAUUGCCAAAUAUUCAGAACUCUCAUAAUGUUACGAUGUCGCAACAGCACUCCAAUGGGUUUCCAAAUACAAAGCGCGGAAAUUCACCACCCAACAUGCUGAAUAACAACGGCAUUCCGGGAUUGAACAUGGGAAUGAAUAUGGGAGGCAUGAGUUCGAUAUUCGAUCCUCUUCCUAUAGUAUCUAUGCCAAUGCAGAUUUCCCAGAUUUCCAUAAAGAAGGACGAAAAACCUUUGCCCAUCUCUCAACCUCAACUGACGCAAAAGCCUAUGGAUGCAGGAGCUUUUUUUGCAGAAAUGAACACCCUAGGAAUGCCACCAAUGGGCAAUCAUGCUAGUUCGCAGCUGAUGCCUGAAAAGAAAAUGACUCCACCUGAUUCGAAGAAUCCUGCUGCAAAUUUUGCUUCAGCCUUUAAAAAUAAGACUGUGGAGCAAAAUGUAAAGAAUGCAUCCUCAUGGUCCUCCCUGGCGCAAGCAUCGAGUCCUCAAUCGGCGGCAGGAAGCAGUAUGAAGAGCGCAGCCCGAGAUUCAUUCCAGGCAUUCAAAAAGCAAGCUAAAGAAAAGCAAGAUAGGCAAAGAGCUCUCAUGGAACAACAAGAGAUGCGUAGACAGCAGCAGAAGGAACAAGCAGAGCGAGAGAGGAUGCGGCAAGAAAGUGAAAGAAGAAGGGAACGAGAGGAAGAGGAUGCCCUGGACAAGGUUAGGAAAAAUGUCGGAGAUCAGCAAGGAAAUGUUAUGACUGCCACAACAAGAACGGAAGAGGUGAAAGCCAUUGCUGAUACGGAUAGUAGUAGUCCGAGUCAUUCGUCCAGUCAGGAUAAAUCCGCUGCCGAAAGAGAACGUCAGAGGCUGCGGGAACAAGAACGUCGACGACGAGAAGCGAUGGCUGGGCAGAUUGACAUGAACAUGCAAAGUGAUUUGAUGGCUGCGUUUGAGGAAUCUUUAUAAUGUUACUACAUGCUGUUCAUAAUAAACUCACUGAAACUUGGACGGAAUAUGGACAUAUAUUUGACGUUUUCUAUAUUUAACAUUAUAAGAGGAAUCUGAAAAGGUGACGUUAAUUAAUAAGCAGAAUAAUGCUAAUUAUUGAACUUACAUAAAUAAUGACGUUGACGACCCAGACAUUUUCGUGCUAAUUACUAUAGUGGUGGUGUAGUUGGGACAUUCCAACAGAUAAAACCCCUCUUGAUUGAAGUUUUGAUUGCCUGAAGACUCGAAUAAUAGAAUGAACAGUUUAUUAGAAUGAUAAACUGCAACAAAUUAUGUUAAAUCGAUGGAUACACACACACACACACACACAUCGAAGUGUGACAAUGUAAUUAGAUAAAUACUUAUAUGAUACUUCGAAAAUGCUACACUAGUUAUUGUGUUACAUUUUUCCGGUUUUCAUAAGUUUGUACUUUAUGUAAAUUUGAAAACAAAACAGGAUAUAUUAUGUGAAUAAGAAGUUUGCAUGUGUACCGAAUGUAUGAAAUUAGAUUGAAUGUAGGCGCGGGGGAAAGAGAGUUGUGUACAUUUAGUUAAGUUUUAUAUUUUUCCACGUUCAGUCAUUAAUCGUUGGUAGGAUUAUUAUAGUACAGCUUGUUGCCAAUAAAAUAUGUAUGCAAUUGAUUAAUAAAAAUCACAAACAGGUAGCCGUGAUAAUUGUUAUCAAGAUCACCAAAUUCUUGAAUGUUUGUAUUACAUUUAUUUGUUUUAACAAUUUUUUCAAUGUGAUAUCAUACUAUCGAUAGAAUAAAUACAUUUCUCUUCUAAUAAAAUUUGUUACUCUCACAAUUCGAUGUCAGCAUUGCAAUUUCGUUUUUACGAGUUUAAAAUUUAUUAAAGAUUAAAUAUACCUGUUACUACCAUUUCACAUAAUAUGUCCUUGUUUUAUUGAAUUUAACAGUUAUCAUGGCUAUCUGCUUGUGACUUUUAUUAAUUAAUUGCUCGUCAAUCAAAGUAUUAUAUUUAAUCAGUGUAUAAUAUCUUGAUUGAUCCAGAAGUCAUACUGCGAGUCAACUGAUCAGAUCAAAGCUAUACAUUAAUUCAUUUUAGAACAACAUUGUCAAUUAUUAUAAAUAAUAAGAUGAUUCUAGAAUUGAAGUAAUUUCGAUCCUACCAACCACUAGAUCAGGCUAUAUAUCUAAUCUUUAGUAUAUUUUAAGUGAAAAUGAUAUCGCGAUGCCGAUAUCAAAUUGUGAAUAAAAAAUGUUAUUAGAAAAGAAAUGUAUUUAUUUGAUCAUUAAUAUGGUAUUGAAUUAGAAAAAUUG